UAGAAUCUUCUUUAUUUCUUUCCCCACCAAAAUCGAUAUUAAACGUUUUGUUUCAUCAUCGAUAAUUUCUCAAUCUCCAUGGAGGUUCUUGACCCCACUGUCUGAAAAUCCUCGCUAUGCCCCUGUACAUGGGCUGAUAAAGAUCAUACGUCAAUGGCAGCUUCACAUCUCACAUGCACACUGCGUUAAUCCCCUCACGGCCUCACUCAAACCUAUUAAUUAUUGAAUUUCCAAAUCAUUAACACAAGACAAAACCCCCAUAUAUAUUACGCUGAAAACCCCCCACAAAUUUUCCUCACAACCAAAUUUCCCAUAAACCUUAGUUCUCUUCCUCUUCUCCUUCUCUACCUCUUCCUUGGUUAUAGAAAAUGGCAGCUGAGCAAUACAAGGAUGUUGAGAAUGGUGAGAGAAAAACUGGGAUUGAGGAUUUAGAAGAGCCUUUCAUUGAUCAGCACAAGAAAGUCGAGGAAUCCGACGAGGAUCAUGAGUACUGCUCUGAAACAAGGAGCGAAAAAGGAUCGAUCGCGAUGGUCCUUCUUAGCACUGCUGUAGCUGUUUGUGGCUCAUUCGAAUUCGGAUCAUGUGUGGGGUAUUCAGCUCCUACUCAAUCGGCUAUUAGGGGGGAACUGCAUCUAUCACUGGCAGAGUACUCCAUGUUUGGUUCCAUUUUGACGAUUGGUGCCAUGAUUGGUGCUAUUACAAGCGGCCGAAUUACCGACUCCAUUGGUCGAAAAGGGGCAAUGAGAUUGUCAGCUGGUUGCUGCAUUGUAGGGUGGCUAGCAGUCUACUUCGCUAUGGGAGUUCUGUAUCUUGACAUGGGAAGAUUCUCAACAGGAUAUGGCAUUGGAAUCUUCUCUUUUGUGGUCCCUGUGUUCAUUGCUGAAAUAGCACCGACGAAUCUCAGAGGAGGGCUCACAACGCUUAACCAGCUAAUGAUUGUUAUCGGCAUAUCAACUGCAUACUUGUUGGGAACACUCAUAACAUGGCGAUCGCUAGCCUUGACCGGACUUCUUCCGUGCAUUGUCAUAUUCUUCGGUCUAUUCUUCGUUCCUGAGUCCCCUAGAUGGCUGGCGGCGGUAGGCAAAAAGAAAGAAUUUGAAGCUGCAUUGCGAAAGCUUCGUGGAAAAGAUGCUGAUAUUUCUCACGAGGCAGCUGAAAUCCAAGCUUAUAUUGAAGCUCUUCAGAGCCUUCCAAAAUCUCGAAUGACGGAUCUGUUUAAUCGCAAAUACAUUCGCUCCGUAAUUAUUGGUGUUGGAUUAAUGUUCUUCCAACAAUUUGGAGGAAUUAACGGAGUAAGUUUCUACGUCAGUGAAACCUUCGCAGCUGCAGGGAUAUCAGGGAAUGUUGGAACUAUAGCCUAUGCAAUAAUUCAGGUUCCGGUAACUUUACUUGGAGCGAUAUUAAUGGACAAAUCAGGAAGAAGACCACUUCUCAUGGUCUCUGCAACUGGAACAUUUUUAGGAUGCAUUUUAACUGGAACCUCUUUCUUCCUCAAGGGGCAAAGUUUAUUGCUUGGAUGGGUUCCAAUAUUGGCGGUCUCCGGAGUACCGGUCUAUGUUGCAUCAUUCUCUAUUGGAAUGGGAGCAGUUCCUUGGGUUAUCAUGUCUGAGAUAUUCCCAAUACAUGUGAAGGGUGUUGCUGGGAGCUUGGUGGUGCUAGUGAAUUGGUUGGGUGCUUGGGCAGUUUCUUUUACUUUCAACUUUCUCAUGAGCUGGAGUUCCACAGGCACAUUUUUUGUCUACUCUGCAAUUUGCGCGCUGACUGUACUUUUCGUGGCGAAAGUGGUGCCAGAAACGAAGGGAAAAACAUUCGAGGAAAUUCAGGCAGACAUCAACAGACCCUUCUUCUUCUUCGAAAUGGCAAUUGAGCAAUACAACGAUAUUGCAAAUGGUGAUCAGGAACAUACUAAUGGUACUAAUGGGCUUGAGGAUAUAGAGAGCCCCUUGUUAAUCCAGCACAAGAAAGUUGGUGAAUCCGAGGAAGACGACUCUGGAAAAGGCGGCGAAGAAGGAUCGAUUGGAAUGGUUUUGCUUAGCACUGCUGUUGCCGUUUGUGGCUCGUUCGAAUUCGGAUCAUGUGUGGGGUAUUCAGCUCCUACUCAAUCAGCUAUAAGGGAAGAUCUUGAUCUUUCCCUAGCAGAGUACUCUCUUUUUGGUUCCAUUGUGGCGAUUGGAGCCAUGGUUGGUGCUAUUACGAGCGGCAGAAUUUCCGACUCGAUUGGUCGGAAAUGGGCAAUGAGAUUGUCAGCUGGUUGCUGCGUCAUUGGGUGGCUAGCAGUCUACUUCGCCAUGGGAGCUCUUGUUCUUGACGUGGGAAGAUUCUUAACAGGAUAUGGCAUCGGAAUUUUCUCUUUUGUGGUCCCUGUAUUUAUUGCUGAAAUAGCACCGACGAAGAUCAGAGGAGGGCUCGCGACGCUUAACCAGUUGAUGAUUGUUGUUGGUGCAUCAACUGCGUACUUGUUGGGAUCGCUCAUAUCAUGGCGAACGCUAGCCUUGACCGGGCUUAUUCCAUGCAUUGCCAUACUCUUGGGCUUGUUCUUCAUUCCGGAGUCCCCUAGAUGGCUGGCGAAGAUAGGGAAACAAAAAGAAUUCGAAGCUGCACUGCGCAAGCUUCGUGGGAAAGAUGCUGAUGUUUCUCGCGAGGAAGCUGAAAUCCAGGCUUAUAUUGAAGCGCUUCAGAGUCUUCCAAAAUCUCAAAUGCUAGAUUUAGUUGAUAGAAGAUACAUUCGAGCCGUAACAAUCGGAAUUGGGUUAAUGAUUUUCCAGCAAUUUGGAGGAAUAAAUGCAUUUGGUUUCUAUGCUAGUGACAUCUUCACAGAAGCAGGGAUAUCAGGGAAAGCUGGAACCAUAGCCUAUGCAAUAAUUCAGGUUCCUAUAACUUUAGUUGGAGCAAUAUUAAUGGACAAAUCAGGAAGAAGACCACUUCUCAUGGUGUCUGCGACGGGAGAAUUUCUUGGAUGCUUUUUAACGGGAACCUCUUUCUUCCUCAAGGGGCGAAGCUUGUUGAUUGGAUGGGAUCCAAUAUUGGCAGUCGCGGGAGUACUGAUUUUUGUGGUAUCAUUCUCUAUUGGAAUGGGAGCAAUUCCUUGGGUUAUCAUGUCUGAGAUCUUCCCAAUGCAAGUGAAGGGUAUUGCUGGGAGUUUGGUGACGCUAGUGAACUGGUUGGGUGCCUGGGCUGUUUCUUAUACUUUCAACUUUCUCAUGAGCUGGAGUUCCUCAGGCACAUUUUUUCUCUACGCUGCAUUUAGCGCGCUCACAGUACUUUUUGUGGCGAAAGUGGUUCCGGAAACUAAGGGGAAAACGCUGGAGGAAAUUCAGGCAUCCAUCAACUCAUAGGGAAGAAAAUGUAUUCGAUUUCGUAUUGUUGUUUCUAGAUAAGAGGUGGAAUCUAGCUCGAGGCAACGGUGAUUCUCGAUGCAACAUUGAAGGAAAUUAGACUUGGAAGCAUUUUCUUUCUGAAAUUUCCCACUAAUUUUUUCUUGGUUGAGUUGGGAAUCAUUGGGAACAUCAUAUUUCUUAGUGAUUUGAAAUGAGUUAAAGAAUUGAAAUUUCUUAUUUUGUCAAGAUUUGGAAGAAGAAAUGGAGUGGGAGCCUCGGAUUC